UGAGUCAUGACCCAGUGGGAGGGGUUGCCAGGGUCCUGGCAGCCCUGGAGGAUGGAGGGACAGUGCCAGACUGGGAAGGUGGCCCAGGCGGAGUUCUAAAAACCGAGUGGGCAUUCUCCCUGCGGCCAGCAGACACACUGCCUCCUGGGCUCAGCUGUGCCCCUUGGACCUUCUGUCUGCUCAGCAGGAAGGGUUCCCUUCUAGGGGCUGUGAGUUGUGAGUCUUGCCGGGGACAGUUGAGACUGUUCAGAAAGGCAGGGGAGUGGCUCUGGGCCGCUGUGUCCUGGGGGCCCUAGGGGUGGUGGCUUGGUCAUUGGAAUUUGCCUUGCCCUGCUCUGCAGUCAGGAGAACCUUGUUAUAAUUGGCUGGUCACCUGUCUCCUCCCCUCCCCAACCUCAUUACAGGGCCUCCGUUCCCUGGAGGCCUGGACAGGGUGCUGUGGGAUGGGAGGAAUGGAAUCUACUGGACUUGGCUGGAAGGCUGACUAAUGGUGGGGGUAGGGGCUCCCUCCUAGGAGGGAAUGGGGUUUAAUUCACUUGCUGGAACUUCCUGGCCAAGGCACUACUCAAGCUUCCCGGUACCUGCCUGUUCUUCCAGCUCAGGCAAUGUUGGGGUGUGGGCAAUGUUGGGCCCCCUCAGCCUUGGCCUGGUGCCAAUAUCUCCGGCCUGGACAGGAGCCCUUGCUGCUCAACUGCAGUCUGGGGAGUGGGGACCUCUGUCCACUACCACCACCCUCGCCUGCCACCUAAUCCCUGCCUGGAUUGGGUGACCCGCCUGCCUGGCAUUCUCUGGGCUGGAAUCUGCUGCUUCUGACAGCAGCUGCUAUAUCGGGGGAGCCGGGCACCGCCCUGGAGGGCCAAGCCCCUGGGCUCACCCCUGCUUUGCUCUGGGCAGCUUAUAGGCACAGUCCCAGUGGCAGAGAGGAAAGACGGACGUCUGAGUCCCUGAUCCGAUCUUUAGACUUCAGCUCCCACUUCUGCCACCAUUCCGUGCUGUGGGGACACCAUGGCUCCAGAGGAAGAUGCUGGAGCGGAAGCCCUAGGGGGCAGUUUCUGGGAGGCUGGUAACUACAGGCGGACGGUGCAGCGCGUGGAGGACGGGCAUCGGCUGUGUGGGGAUCUGGUCAGCUGCUUCCAGGAGCGCGCCCGCAUCGAGAAGGCCUAUGCCCAGCAGCUGGCCGACUGGGCCCGCAAGUGGAGGGGCGCCGUGGAGAAGGGCCCCCAGUAUGGCACGCUGGAGAAGGCCUGGCAUGCCUUCUUCACGGCGGCCGAGCGGCUGAGCGCGCUGCACCUGGAGGUGCGGGAGAAGCUGCAGGGGCCUGACAGCGAGCGCAUUCGCAGCUGGCAGCGGGGCGCCUUCCACAGGCCCGUCCUGGGCGGGUUCCGGGAGAGUCGGGCUGCGGAGGACAGCUUCCGAAAGGCCCAGAAGCCCUGGCUCAAGCGGCUGAAGGAGGUGGAGGCGUCCAAGAAGAGCUACCACGCGGCGCGCAAGGACGAGAAGACAGCGCAGACGCGGGAGAGCCACUCGAAGGCGGACAGUGCGGUGUCCCAGGAGCAGCUGCGUAAGCUGCAGGAGCGCGUGGAGCGCUGCGCCAAGGAGGCCGAGAAGACGAAAGCCCAGUACGAGCAGACGCUGGCUGAGCUGCAGCGCUACACCCCUCGCUACAUGGAGGACAUGGAGCAGGCCUUUGAGGCCUGCCAGGCAGCCGAGCGCCAGCGGUUACUCUUCUUCAAGGACAUCCUGCUCACCCUCCACCAGCACCUGGACCUGUCCAGCAGCGAGAGGUUCCAGGAGCUAUACCGAGACCUGCACCAGGGUGUCGAGGCAGCCAGCGACGCAGAGGACCUACGCUGGUGGCGCAGCACCCAGGGGCCCGGCAUGGCCAUGAACUGGCCGCAGUUCGAGGAGUGGUCCUUGGACACACAGAGGACAAUCAGCCGUAAAGAGAAAGGAGGCCGGAGCCCCGAUGAGGUCACUCUGACUAGCAUCAUGCCCACAAGAGAUGGCGCUGCACCCCCACCCCAGUCUCCAGGGUCCCCGAGCAGCCGGCAGGAUGAGGACUGGUCAGAUGAGGAGAGCCCCCGGAAGACCGCCACUGGGGUACGAGUACGGGCCCUGUAUGAUUACGCUGGCCAGGAAGCUGAUGAGCUGAGCUUCCGAGCAGGGGAGGAGCUGCUGAAGAUGAGCGAAGAGGAUGAGCAGGGCUGGUGCCAAGGCCAGCUGCAGAGUGGCCGCACCGGCCUGUACCCUGCCAACUAUGUCGAGUGUGUGGGGGCUUGACCUGCCCCGACAGCCUUCCUGCACCCUGGGCCUGUGCCCAGCUUCUCCUGGACAGCCAGCGUGCCCCUGCCGCCCCUCUGUCCCCCUCAGGGGACAGAAUCCUGGGACUUGGAGGGGAGGGGCCUGGGUCUGGGAAGAGACUGGUGGAGAAUGCACAACUUGAGUCUAGGCUGAGGGCAAGAAGGGGGAGCUCAGGUGAGAUGGCUUGGGUGCCUGGGCCUCCCCAGGGGCUGUGGACCCAGUUUAUGGCCUGUGUUUUGGUGUCCCUGGGUGGGCUUGGGGUGAGUAGUUCUGGGCUAGCAGCACCCUCUGUUGUGGCUUGUUUCAGUGUGUAUUAAACUUGGAAAGAAAAAACCAAAA